GCUGUUAAAAAGUCAGCAACGGUUGUUCGUUCUGUUUAUUUAAAUCUCCUCUGCCUUACAUCCUUCUACAGUGGAUUAUGAGUUUUUACCAUGGAGGGUUGUGCCUCAUGUUUUGCCCGACUUUGCUCGGCGUGACUGACGAACCAUAUCACGUGAGCCAGCAAGGCAACACGCGUCUCAACAUGCAAUGCUUUUUCAACGGGACUCUGCUGAUCAGUGUGCUCCCUCCACUGUUGGUGACAGAGUUUCUUUUGGGAAUCCUUGGAAAUGGUUUGGCUCUCUGGGUCUUCUGCUUCCACCUGAGGCCCUGGAAGAGCAGCACAGUGUUACUCUUCAACUUGGCAAUGGCUGAUUUUCUGCUCAAUGUGGCUUUGCCUUUCCGUGCCAGCUACUACAACGCUGGGAUCAACUGGAUGUUUGGAAGCGCCCUCUGCAACAUCUGCCUCUUCAUGUUGGCGCUGAACCGCAGCGGCAGUACUGUCUUCCUGAUGGCUAUCGCUGUGGACAGGUACAUGCGUGUGGUGCAUCCCCAUCAUCCCAUCAACUCUUUGAGUGUCGCCAAAGCCAUGUGUGGUGCACUUAUUCUCUGGUUGCUCACCAUCGCAACGACAGCUCAUGUCUUCUCUCUGGAACACAAGACAAAGUAUUGCGAGAGCUUCAUGAUUGACUCCAAACCUAAGAGCAAUCUGACCUGGCAUAAGUUUGGGUUCCUCCUUUCCUUCAUUCUGCCUCUCCUUGUGAUUGUCUACUGCACAGUCCACAUUAUCGUCUACCUGAGAAAGAGACAGUUGGCGCAGCAAGCAAAGAUUAAGAAGGCUCUAUGCUUCAUCACAGUGGUGGCGGUCCUCUUCAUCAUUUGCUUCCUCCCGAGCAACCUCAUGCAACUGCUGAUUUGGGUCAAGACCCAUGAAGUAGCCAGCAGCCACCCAGAAUCCGAUGUCUGUCCUGCCCUGGAAGACCUGACCGCUGCAUUUUACAUCACCAUUAGCCUGACCUAUCUGAACAGCGGGUUGGAUCCUGUGGUGUACUACUUCUCCAGCCCUGCCUUCAAGAACAUCUGCAGGAAAGCUUUCCAUCUCCCCGAAGCAGAAAUGGCUGAAAGUACAGACAAGAGAACCCGAGACACAGGCUCCCAGUCGCUCAGCCAGCUGUGAUCAUGGAGCCAAAACAUUUUGCUUCUCCUAGUGUUGUCAUGUAAGUGCUACAACCAACAAGAUGCUUUUUUUUUUUUUUUAAACAUAUACAGUAGUUAUCCAGUAUAUAUCCACUGAAAAAAACUACUUUUGCAAAAAAAUGUUAUUUUUACUUCUCCAUAUAAUGACUAUACUUCUAUAUUUGCAUUUGCAAACCUCAGCUCUCUAAAUUCACAAACAUAUACAGCUUUGUUAUAUUUCCUUUAUACUUAUACCUUGAUGAAUAAAAUGUCAACUUGUAAAUAUAAGAAAACUAUACCAUAAUUACGAGAAAACAUAAAAAACAUAUAACUGUCAUAAGAAUAUCACAUAAUGUCUCAUAGCUUUAUUGUGUCAGGUGAUAUAUAAUCACAAUGAUAUUAAGUAUUUUACUUGGUUAAUUAAAUGUCCUCACUGCUGGAACAUGUAAUAAAGAUAUUUAU